GAGCAGUGAAGAUGGCGCAGGAGAGUUCGGUGCCUAGCGAUCUUUACCAGCAUGUUUACUCGUUUCUCGUGGAAAACAAGUUCGCCAGAGCUGCGAAAGAGUUUUUAAAGCAGACUAAAGUGAAACCUCAGGAUCAGAAUGAGGACCGUCUCCUGGACAUCUUCAAUUUUUGGGUGAAGUCCCCUGAAACUAAAAAACGCAAAGCGGUCACUAAUGGCCCAGCAGCGGCCAACGGUCCGUCAGCCAAGAAAGCAAAGAAAGAUGCUGAGAGUUCAAGCAGCGAAGACUCCAGCAGUGAGGAGGAAAAGGCUGCACCUGCCAAGAAAGUUGUGCAAGUAAAGGCUCCUGCUGCAAAGAAGCCUGCGACCGCAGCAGCUGCGAAAGCAGAGAGCAGCAGCUCUGAGGACUCCAGUGAUUCAGAGGAUGAAGCUCAGGCUAAAACUCCAGCAAAGAAACCUGCCGUUCAGCCUGCAGUGGCAGCCAGGAAGAAAGACGCCAGCUCUAGCAGCGAAGAAUCCGAUUCAGACGAGGAACCUGCCAAGACUCCUGCAAAAGGAGCCAAACCUGUGGCUGGGACCUCUAAGCCAGUGUCCACUCCAGCAUCUGUGGCUCAGAAGAAGCCGGAGAGCAGCAGCAGUGAGGACAGCUCUAGUGAUUCUGAGGACGAUGCUUCAGCUAAGAAAGCAGUAAAAGCACCUGUCCCAGCGAAGACCCCUCCAGCCAAACCUGCGGCUGCUGCAGAGUCCAGCAGUGAGGAGUCAUCUUCCGAUGAGGAGGAGGCUCCGCCUACCAAGAAACCCAAGCCUGGACAAUUCAGUGCUGUUCCACCUCCGAAAACACUGACAGCCGCUACUUCAGUUAAAGCCACCCCAGUUAAGACUGUGACUCCCAAACCUGCUGCAAAGAAGGAUUCAUCCAGUUCAGAAAGCUCUGAUUCAAGCUCAGAGGAAGAUGCAAAGAAGCCAGCGGCCAAACCCGCCCCGGCUAAGGCAGCUCCAGCCAAGAAAGUGCCCACUAAAGUCGCCCCCGCUCAGAAAGACGACUCCUCAAGUUCAGAUUCAAGCUCGGAAGACGAAGCGGCAAAACCAGCUGUCAAAGCUACACCUGCAAAAUCCACACCUGCAAAAUCCACACCUGCAAAAUCCACACCUGCAAAACCCACACCUGCAAAACCCACACCUGCAAAACCCACACCUGCUAAAUCCACACCUGCAAAUGCUAAAGCCAUGGCUGCUAAAGUCACCCCAGCUGCAGCUGACUCUUCAUCUUCCAGCUCUGACGACUCUGAAGAGGAGACGAAGAAACCGGCUGCUAAAGUUGUACCGGUUAAACCUGCGCCAGCCAAGAAAACCCCAGCUAAAGUCACGCCUGCUGCGAAAGAGUCUUCAUCCAGCUCUGAGGAUGAGGAGCCAGCCAAAAAAACAACUCCAGCCAAGGCUGUUUCUACUAAAACUGCCCCUGCAAAGACCAUGACUGCUAAGUCACCUGCUGUGAAACCUGCAGCUAAACCAGCUGAGAGCAGUUCCGACUCUGACAGCUCCUCAGAUGAAGAUGAUGAACCUCCAAAGAAAGCUGCGACCACCCCAGCUAAGGCCGCCCCAGCUAAACCAGCUGAGAGCAGUUCUGAAAGUGACAGCUCUGACUCUGAGGAUAAAACUCCAGCCUCUAAGAUGACUAAACCGGCAGGCGCUCCUCUAAAGAGCUCUACUCCUGCAGCCAAACCACCUGCUCCGGCCAAAAAGCCAGCGGCGAAGUCCAGCAGCAGCGAUUCAGACAGUUCAGAUGAAGAGGAGGUCAAGAAACCUGCAACUCCCAAAGCAGCAGCGCCUGUAGUCAAGUCCGUCUCAACUCCAGCUAGCGCAAAGAAGGCUGAGAGUAGUAGCUCUGAAUCGUCUGAUAGCUCAGAUUCUGAAACGGAGGCCAAAAAAACUCCUGCCAAACCUGCAGUUGUCAACGGAAAGGCUGCAACUAAAACCCCCACCUCUGCAGCGAAGACCCCAGCCAAAAAGCCUGCAGAGUCUUCAUCUUCAAGUGACAGUAGCUCUGAUGAAGAUGAGCAGGUGUCUAAAACACCGCCAGUGAAAACUCCGCCCGCUACAAAAACUCCACCCGCUAAGAAAGCACAGGCUGCUAAGAAAGCACAGGCUGCUAAGAAAGCACAGGCUGUUAAAGACAAAGCAGAGAGCAGCUCAUCUGAGGAAUCUUCAUCUGAGGAAGAGGAGGCAGCCAAAACUCCUGCCACACAAGGCAAAAAGAGCAACAAAGAGGAACAGAAGACACCCAAGAAUGAGAAAAUUACAACUUCCACACCUCAGACCUUUCCUAAAGUCAAACAGAAGGCAAGCAGUGCUCCUUUCCGUAGAAUAAGAGACGAGGAGAUUGAAGUGGACCCUCGUCUAGCGAACAACUCUUUUGAUGCAAAAAUGGGAGCCAAUGGAGACUGGGGCCAGAAAGCCAAUGACAUUCUUAGACACACCAAGGGGAAAUCUUUCCGGCACGAGAAGACCAAGAAGAAGCGCGGCAGUUAUAGAGGCGGCGCCAUUUCCACCUCGGUCAACUCCAUAAAAUUCGACAGCGACUGAGAUUCAAACGAAACAGACUUUUAGGACUCUACUUUUGACUUGUCUCUUUCUUUGCUGUAUUUGCUCUUUCAGCCCUCCUUCUGUUGAUGCUCUAUUGAAUCUGUUCUGCAGUCAGUAUGUUUCACCACCAUGAGUUGAAAACGUGGACUGAGAUUUGUGGUCGGAUCGACGGUUGUUCAUACAUUUUAUGCUCAGUCUUUCAUGAAGUUAGACAUGGCAACCACACAGUGGCGCCAGUUCAUCGCGUUAUGUCAUUAAAAGCCUUUUGAUUAUUUCCCAUGUAAAAAGACAACUGGCUUUGAAGUUGGUUUUGACAGAAUUAUGUAUGAUUGUUCUAACGGUCAUUUGUUGAUUUUGUACUAGAUAUGUCAUCUUUUUUUAUGUGAUAUCCCUUCGUUGGGAUAAUUGGGGAUUAAUGUUGAGCUUUGGUCAUGACAGUGAUUUAAGUGUAAUUUUUAUGGUCGUGUUAGGUUGAACCUUUUCAUCUUAUGAUUUGAAGCCAUGUAGGUAAUGACUCCGCCCACUUCAGUUUCACUGACACUGGAAUAUCUCCCUUGAAAUGGCAUACGACUCAUUUAUUCUUAUUCUUAGGUUUUAGUUUGUUUUAUUCACUCAGAUCUGUGUUAAGCAGGAUUGUGUAAUUUAUCACUCAGAAUCUUUAAUUAAUUAAAACCUUGACUGAUGGACCUCAACUGACCUUGAUGUGGUUUUUGACUAUGGGUUUUACAUGUCAGAAUAUGGUACAAUUAAACAUUAUCAUAAAUUGGGUUCACAAAAUAAGAGGUUAGAGGUAAAGUUCUUUCUCAAAACCAAACUCCUGAGGACAGUUGAAUUGAAAUCAUUGCGAACAGCGGCGCUGCUUGGUACCUGUGUCUGUGGUCGGCCGUCCGCAGAUAGGCGAAUAUAUUUGUCCUAAAAAUAUAAUUGUACAAUGUUCAAUUAAAAGUAUAGUCAAAACACGUGACAGAACAUGUAUUUCCUUUUACAACAUUAAAAUGUUUGGUACAUUACAAAAUGUAUUUACAGUAUAUUAUCAGUACAUUGAAAA